AUGCUCGCAUCAUACUAUAUCAUCGCCGGUUUGCUGGCGUCUGUCAUUUUCUAUAAGCUAUGUCACUCGCUUUUCAUCAGCCCUCUGGCAAAAAUACCAGGACCAAAGGCUUUUGCCCUAACUAGCUGGAGGCUCGCAUACGAAGACUACAAUGGUACGCGGACACGCACCAUCCAUGCAUUGCAUCAAAAAUACGGCCCGGUUGUGCGAAUCGGGCCUAACGAGGUCUCCUGCAACAGCAUUUCCGCUCUGAAGUCCGUCUAUGGCGCAGGAAGUGGCUUUGAGAGGACCAGCUUUUACCACAUGUUUGAAGUCUAUGGGCGAAAGAACAUGUUUUCAUUCCCGACGGUCAAGGCUCAUGGCGAGCGAAAGAAGAUGUUCGCUCAUGCCUACGCCAAGUCUGCCGUCAUGAACAAGGAAAAUGCGUCCCUGAUCGAGAGAAAAGUCAGGUUGUACAUGGAACUGUUGGGACGAGAAGAAGAGAAAGAAGAAGGAUCGACUAGCGAGAUCUUCUCCUCCUUGCAUUACUUCUCCCUGGACACCAUCACCGAGUUUCUCUACGGCCGGUUUGGCAAGACCGCGUGUCUCGAGGGUCGGGCAGAGGAUCGUGCCCUGAUUCAAGACAUCUCCGAUCAUGCUCGCCGCAAACUGGCCUGGUUUGCCGUCCAUCUGCCUGCUUUUACGCAAUGGCUCUACUCGAGGACGGGGAUCAUGCGUGAAAUUGCUCGACACUUCUAUCCUAUGCAGACGCCGACUACCUACUCCGGUAUCCGGGCUCAUGCGCUCAAGGCUUGUAAAACAUUUGGCAGCUGCGCUGCCAAAGGCACGACCAGCGAAGAGACAAGCCUGAUCUCAAAGCUAUGGCGACACCAUAUGACCCAGAAAAACGGCGGCAUUGACGACCUGGACAUUGCAUCGGAAUGUGCCGACCAUCUACUCGCCGGCAUCGAUACUACAAGCGACACCCUGAUGUUUCUGAUCUGGUCCCUAUCUCGACGGGAGCAUCGUGACUUCCAAAAGAGGCUUAUACAAGAAGUCCGCGAUAUGUCUACUGAGAGCAUCAAUUCUGAUGGUGUCCCCAUGGUAGACAAAACCGACAAUCUGCCAUAUGUAGACGCGGUCAUCAAGGAAACACUUCGCCUAUUCGCCCCCUUACCAGGAUCCGAGCCACGCUCACUCUCGCAAUCGUCGACAAUUGAUGGCUAUGCCAUCCCAGCUCGCACCGUAGUCUCCAUUUCGCCAUAUACCCUCCAUCGCAACCCAGAUGUGUUUCCGGACCCGUUCAAAUUCAACCCCGAACGCUGGCUCAACUCGUCCCAGAACCUGGCCCAGAUGAAAAAAUGUUUCUGGGCGUUUUCGAGUGGAGGGAGAAUGUGCAUCGGGAUACAUCUUGCCAUGGCCGAGAUGACUACACUGGUAGCUGCGAUAUACCGCAAGUAUACGACGACAGCUGUUGCUGGGUUUGACACUUUAUCGCCGGGCAUCACAAGUCGAUAUGAGGUGUUUUACGACGAAGGUUGUAGUGGUGUACGGGAACAUGAAUGCCGGAUUGAGUUCAAACGUCAAUGA